GUCAGCUGCGACCCUUUGCUAAAUGAACUGAAGACCUGUUGUAGUUGUUGUAGCGCAGCUAAUUAUUAAUUUGUGAUUAAACAACAAUGUCUUCAGUUGAGUAUUUGAGGGAGUUUGUCAACGAGCGACUAACUGCUGCUGCUGAUGAAAUAUUUGGAGUUUUUAGAAAAACUAUCGUCGAGUACGAGGAAGAGAUCGAUCGACAGAGCAAACUGCUCGAUAUGUUUUGGAAACCUGAAAUAAAGUUACACCGGAUAAAGCUCCCACAGCAACAUGUGUGCACGGAGGAGGAGGUUCUCUGUGACCAGCAGCCCUGUAUUGAGGAGAGGACCUCCAGUCUGGACCAAGAGGACCCAGAGCCUCCACAGAUUAAAGAGGAACAGGAGGAGCUCUGCACCAGUCAGGAGGGACUGCUGCUUGUACUGAAGCAGGAGACUGAUACCUUCACGUUGACUCCUACUUAUGAUGAAGAUGACCACAGUCAAGCAGAAACAAACAGUGACCACCAGCUCCUCUGUCACAACUCUCAUGUGGCCGAGAGGCGAGAUCAGAAAGGAGGCAGGCAUGGAGACUCAGGACCAACAAGAAAUGCUCAGCCAAAACCAAAGGCAGGACAUCACAACAGAGAGAGACACAGGAAUGAUGCAUACAACUCUGACUUGUCAGAGAUUAACCGUGGUGCUAACACAGUUAAAAAGCCUGUCAAAUGUGACAUAUGUGGAAAGGCUUUUAAGUGUCAAUCCAAAUUAAACAUACACCUGAGAAGCCACACAGGUGAGAAGCCUUAUUCUUGCGACACCUGUGGAAGAAGAUUCAGUCAGACGUCAGUAUUGAACGCUCAUUUAAGAAUCCACACAGGUGAGAAGCCGUAUUCUUGCAACACAUGUGGGAAAGAGUUCAGACUUAAUGGCCUCUUGAAGGUCCACAUGAGAAUGCACACAGGUGAGAAACCGUACCUUUGCAAGACAUGCGGGAAAAGAUUGAGUGACUCUUCAGCAUUGAAAAAGCACAUGAUAAUCCACACAGGUGAGAAGCCGUACCUUUGCAACACCUGUAGGAAGAGAUUCUAUCGGAUUCAAGACUUAAAUAGGCACAUGUCAGUCCACACUGGUGAGAGACCGUAUACUUGCAAAACGUGUGGCAAAGAUUUCAGACUGAACGGUAACUUGACAGUCCACAUGAAACUGCACACAGGCGAGAAGCGCUUUACUUGCAAAACAUGCGGGAGAGACUUCAGAUCCAGCAGUCACUUGAAAAACCACACCAGAACUCACACAGGUGAGAAGCCGUACGUUUGCAUCACCUGUCGGAAGAGAUUCUGCCGGAUGUCACACUUGAAAAGACACGUGCUGGUCCACGCUGGUGAGGGACCGUACGCUUGCUAAACACGUGGGCAUGUGAGAUCGCAUACAGGCAAGUAACAUGUGGGAGGCGAUUCAUUUCAAGAGGUUCAGGGUCAAAACACAGAAGAACUGACAGAAGUGAGGAGCCUGAUUCUCUGCAACUGAAUCUGUCCAACUUCCCUUUGAGACAAGGGCACAAAAUCCUGUGUGAUGGAGUGGUGCAUUUUCAACAGCGCUGUCAAGUUUUGUUGAAUUAGUCUCGUUUUUCUGUCAUAUUUCUUUUGGCAACAGUAUUUCUCGGAAACAACUGAAAAAUUUGUAGUACUUUGAGUGAGUAGUUCCUACAAAUGUUUG